UAUUAUUUUGUGGUCUCUUUGAACAGACAGAGUGCACAGACUUGCAAGGAGAAACUUGGUGCUUUUAGAAAAGGACUGAAAAAACUUCCUCUUGAAUUUGGUGAGGGUAGAUUUUGUCAACUAGAAUUUAUAUACUUUAAAUUUGAAAUUUCCUCCCUAAUAGUUUACUUGGGUUGUAUGAAUAUUUUCCAAUUCCUGUGAGGCCAAGGGGGUUUUCAAUAAAAAUUACCAAAUCGAAAAAAUGUUUUUAAUCUGCUAUCUUCUUUUUUUGCUUUUAAAAUUUAUAGUUUAUAUCACUGCUCCAAACAAAAUUCCAUCAGAGGGUGGAGAUAUAGCAAUAAAUGAAGGUAUGAUGCAUAAAAAAUUUGCCAUAGAAAAACGUCAGUUUAAAGACAAGUAAAACUUUGCACUGAUAAUUCAUAGUUAUUAUUUUUAUGCAGGAUCAAAUGAGUUUGGCUGGUGGUUUUCAACAGAAAAUGAUACAUAUGACCCUCUUAGUCCUUCAGAAAUCUCAAAAGGAUAUGAAGAGUCAUUAGAACUUGUAAAAACAACUUUUGCAGACAAGGUAUGUAGGUGUUGACUUUAUUUAUAAAUAAAUGUCAAAAAUAUUUCUAAUAUUAUUUUGAUAAUCAAUAAUUAACUACUCUCUCCACUUUUAAUUUUUAGGGUCCUUUUGAUGGUAUGUAUGCUCAAGAUAGAACUGGUUACUAUUAAUACUUUUGUUAAUAUUGACAUUUAUGGUACCUAUUAUGAAAAGAAAAACUUUUUUCCUUUAUUUCAGGCAUUCUUGGUUUUAGCCAAGGCUCCUGCCUGCUAUCGGUUCUUUGUGCUCUAAAGGAACAAGGUAUAUUUUUUAUAUUCUGUACUAAUUAUGAGCUUCAUUUAUAGAACAUUUUCAUUGAUUAUUACCUUCCUUUACAUAGAAUACCCCCUUUCAUUUUAUAGAAUACCCACCAUAGCUACAGCAGAUUUUGUGCCUGUAAGAUACUCCUUUGUUGGCCUGAGUUAUUGAUAAUAAUUAUUGUUAUAUUAAUGAAUUGAAUUCUCACUUGAAUGGUCUUAACCAUGAUCUUGCCGACCAUUUAUUAUGUGUGUAUUUUUUCCUUUAACCAUCUGGUCCUGGUUGUUCAAAACCCUUAUAGAGUCUUCCUCCAGAUAAAUCGCUAUCGGCCAGUUAAUAAGUAUUAAGGGAAACCAUUAUAUAGCAUUAUCCAGUGGAUAGGGAUUUAUCCAGUGGAUAGCUAUCCACCUUUGAUCAACUGGGGCCAAGUCAGGAAAUAAAAAAUGUAUAAACAUUAAAAACUAAUAUUUUUGAUUGUGUACUUGUAGGGUGUUUAGAUUUUAAAUUUGCCAUUCUUGUGGCUGGAUUCAAAUCUCGAUCAUCAGGUCACAGUGUGUAUUACAACGCACCAAUUACUUGUCCCACUCUGCAUGUGUUCGGCGACACAGACAGAGUUAUACCUAAAGGUAUGUUAUCUUUAGUCAAGACACUGGCUUCUUCACCUUCCUCUUCCCUCGAUAAGGUGUAGUCUGCACACUGACAUCUUCUACAUUUUUACUGGAGUUGUCUGUUUGAAGGCCAUUACCUCUGCUCCACAGGCACUCAAAGGAGCUUUCCAUAUAGAGAGAAGCUGCUGAAAAAGUCAGUGCUGGCAUAUAUUGGCUUGUAGAAGGUGGUAAAUGAACUUUCAACUUUUAUCUUUGCGAUCACCUUGUGCAAUGGAAAUUCAAUGACAUACCUUAUCAAGCCUCCAGAGAAGGAGAGAGGGCUUUUGCAGAGUGAAGAAUAAUAGGCUCUGCCUACAGAGUAGACCCUCUUUAAGUCUGUUAUUUUGAGGCGACAGAGUAAAAUAUAUUCUCUGGGUUCUCGAUCGGUCAGGCUGUCUUUUUGGGACAUUGUUUCUUUUUGCGACACUCACAAAACUUUGGGCAAGUUUACCUACAGUGAGGACACCGGUCAUUGUAUAGUACCACAUAUGCACAACAUCUGCAACGCAGAAGGCAAAAAAGGGUCAUCAUGUUAAGAUAUAGAUACCUGAUAACUUCAUGUUGUAAAUAGCUUACUAUGUUGCACCCUGUCUUCCUAUACAUUCCUGCCACUGAUUAUUAACUUAGCUGCCUGUGGCACAGCCCAGUAUAUAAAAUAUGUUCCACUUUUCUCUCGUUUUGAUUGUUAAUUACCUGCUCUCUUUAAUUAAACAGAAAACAGUGAAGAAUUAUUACAGUAUUUUACAAAUGCAACUAUUCUUAAUCAUCCCGGAGGUUGGUGAAUCAUUAAUUAUCUUCUGCUUAAUAUAUACACCUUAUUUUAUCAUAAUUAUUUUUUUUGACAGGAAUCUUUAUAUUUUAUGUUUUGAGCUCACUAAAGCAUUUCGUUUUGUUGUUACCGGUAAUUACAGACAUUACACUAUUUUAGCAAAGUGUAUAUUUCUUUACUCCUCAGGCCAUUUCGUCCCAACACAAGCUCCUCAAAGAAAGGUGUAUAUAGAGUUCCUGGAACAGUUUCUUAACAAGGCUUGA